CCAGUUCCUGUAAAGUACAGAUUUUGUGAAGUAUAUCUGUUGGAAACGCUUGUGUACUGUCUCUUUAAAAACAGAACGCCCAUUGGUCGGGCUCUCUACAUAAUUCAGCCAAUCGGUGUUGUCGUUGUUACAGGGCGUUUUGACGUUAGAAGGCGUGUGUGACAUUUGCUGCAAGAAGCUAGUUUUCGAACGGCUAACUGGGAAAAAAAGGAAAACUAAGCGUUGCUAUUUUUAUAAUAUAUCGUCUUCCGGCAACAGAACAGACGUCAGGUUUUCGAUUUUUUUUGCGCUCGUAUCCACGUCAGAAGAGGCAUUUUAUGUCACGUGUAGCGUUAAUUAAAACUUCCCCUGCACGAGCACGUUAAAUAAUAGUGUGUUAACGUUGUCCGUUAACUUGGGUAAAUGUCCGGAGUUCGAGUUGAGGUCGUUUUCCGGUUCGCCGCUCUGAGAUGACAAAACUAAUCGGAUAACGGCGGUUCAGUCUUGGUUUGUUGCAUCGCAUUAUGGCGGGGCGUGAGCGCUUUAGCCGACUCGGCUAAAUGCGUUUUGCACACAAGGUUAAAAUUAGCUUUAGCCAGCUAGCUCCUCAGUCACUUUCUUAUGCUGACUUGUCAGGACAGGUGUGCUGAAAGUAGGCCAGGUGUGGCGCGGGACAGAGUGUAGAUUAGCCGCGGUGCUCCCAAGAGUGUGUACCUGAGGAGCUGUUGUGACUCCGGUAGAGCCGAAGCUGUGACCAUGCUGCUCUCCUUGGUUGUGCACACAUACUCGCUGCGGUACUGGUUCCCAGCCACCGUCAUGCUGGGAACUGCCCCGGCUUAUUUGCUGUCAUGGGGGGUUUGGCGUCUACUUUCAACUGUUUUACCGGCGAGACUGUAUCACAGGCUGGACGACCGACUGUACUGCAUCUACCAGAGCAUGGUCCUGUUCUUCUUUGAAAACUACACAGGAGUUGAGAUUGUUAUAUAUGGAGAUAUACCAAAGAAUAAAGAGAAUGUGAUCUACCUGUCUAAUCAUCAAUGCACAGUCGACUGGAUCAUUGCUGACAUGCUCGCCAUCAGGCAGAGUGCUAUUGGUCAUGUAAGAUAUGUUUUGAAAGAUGGACUGAAGUGGCUCCCACUGUAUGGAUGGUAUUUCUCUCAGCACGGAGGAAUCUAUGUGAAACGAAGUGCAAAGUUCAAUGAGAAGACAAUGCAGAAGAAACUCCUCUCUCAGACUCAGUCUGGAGCGCAAAUGUACCUCGUCAUUUUUCCAGAGGGAACUCGCUAUAAUCCAGAACUGAAGAACAUUAUCGCUGACAGUCAGGCUUUUGCUACGAAAGAAGGACUGGCUGUUUUGAAACACACCCUUACUCCCAGGAUGAAGGCAUCUCAUAUAGCCAUCGAGACAAUGAAGGGCCACCUGGACGCUGUGUACGACGUCACAGUCGCCUACGAGGGAACACUGGACUCCUCUGGUCAGAGAAGACCUGCACCAUCUAUGCCGGAAUUCCUGUGCAAAGAAUGUCCCCGAGUCCACAUACACUUCGACCGUGUGGACAUAAAGGAAAUUCCUGCAGAGCCACUGUUUUUCCGCAGGUGGCUGCAUGAGCGGUUUGAAAUCAAGGACCGGCUGCUCACAGAUUUCUAUGAGUCAAAGGAUGCAGACAAAAUCCACAGGUUCCCCACCGAAGGCAAACCAUCUCCUCUGAGCCUCUGCAAAACCGUCCCCUCGCUGAUGAUCUUGGGUGGACUGACACUGCCAUUACUGCUGACGGAGAACGGCAGGAAGCUGUAUGUGAAAACCUGGGUGUACGGGACACUGCUUGGCUGGCUGUGGGUGAAUGUGUUUCCUUAACGAAACAGGUGUGGGGUGGGGGGGUGGAGGCAGAGGCUGUCACAAUGAGACGCACAAAAGAUGUGGAGAGGCAGGCGCUGCCAUUUUCCUGUAUCACAGCAACACAAGGUGUGUUCAGAUGCAGAGCUGAAUCUGAUAAGGGGCUCACAGAUUGAUCCCAUUUCACUUCAUGUUGACCAGAAGAAAAAAUAGAGAAAAGAUGAAAGCCCGUUCUGUGCUACUUGUUCCCUAGCAGAAUUAAACAUUGUUGAAAAGUAUGACUAAAUAUAAUCCCCUUUAUGACAUACCGAUUUAGCCAAAUUUGUGUUCUUGCAUGCUCCCUAAAGCUCUUAUAUUAUGCCAUUUAUUUUUGACAACAGAGUGCUGAAAACUCAUUUAAUGAUGGCGGUCGGCUCCUGUGAGUAGCUGACUUGGUGCGCACCAGCCCACUAUAAAGUGCACUGACUCGUUGACAUUGGUCGCAAUGUCUCUCUUUUUUUUUUUAGUCCCACGUCGGGUGGAUUAUGCACUUUGCUCAUUUGAAAGUGGUGUUUUUACAUUAGUAGAACAGAAUAAAUAGCAUGCAGUCUUCUAUAGGGGCUCACACACGACACCAGCUGCAGUGUUUACCAUGCAUAUGUUCACGUUGAUGUCGUUUCAGUUAUAUUAAUAACGAAUGUAGCUGUAAAAGUUAUUUUUGUUUAAGUUCACCACCCACUGAUUUUCUUGGAGAAACACGUUACACUCUUUGUGUUUGAUCAAUUUUGACGCCACAGUGAGCUCAUAUAGAGGAACACUGCCGAAAAUGUUCUACCAUUGUAAAGAAUCACUUUAACAUUGCCAAAACAUGGUGUAUUUUUUGCCUAACUAAUGACAAUUAUAUAAUUUGACUUUAAGUUAUUGUUUGUUCACAGUUCCAUCAACUUUUAUAUGCAUUUGUUACUUUUAAAUGCCGCGUUACAGCUCACUUGAAACUAUCUACCUAGCAAAAAGCUGACAAAAGCCAUGUUAACAGUAUAUCACAGGUUUCUGUGCACUCGAAGCCAUUUGUAUAAUAAUCAUCACUGUAUUGUGAAAUGCACUGUGUCCAUUGUCGCUGUUUACUGUAAUGAAACCAUUGCAUUUUCCACGAGUCACUUUACAUACUCGCUUUCUCAUCAUCCUCUAGAGUACGUCCGCUAUUCGUUUUCCUCACAUGAAUUGCUCCAAUACCUCACUUGAAUAAUCCUUCCUUUUUCUUAAAUGACCCUUGUCAGCCAUUUUAUAGUUAUUUUUAUUCUGACAAGAUCUGACUGUAAGUCAUCAGGAAACUCUAGACAGUAUUUCAAUGCCAACAGUUUUUUGGAAAUGUGUGCCUUCUCUUUGGAGGAGCUGGUUUUUCGGCCCUCACACACAGAGGGCCGCAGUGGCUCUUCCUCCAGCACGGAGGCUCUCUGCUUUGCUGGGGCUGCUGCUGCUCUCUGCAGCUUGUGGUCACAUCUUCUACAGUUCAUAGUGGCUUAUUUUGCUCUAAGAAUGCAUUUACACUUUUCGAGGACAAAUAUGCAUUGAUGAAACCUUUAAUGUGUUCAAGUUCUGGAAAUGGGGAGGUUGUAGUUAAAAUAAAUAGUUUCUUUUGGGAA